AUGAGCACUCAGUCGAAGAACAAUCUCCCGCCAUCACCGAACUUAGUACGACGAGAGGGAGGCUGCGUCAGCUGUUCGCGCCCCGAUUCGUACGACGACUUCGUACAAUGUGACCAGUGUGACGGCUGGUGGCACAUGCGAUGUGCGGGAGUCACGAAGUCUAUAUCUCAGCGACCUUGGACUUGUCGCACUUGCCUACCGUUGAGCGUAGCAUCCAGCAGCAGCUCUGCUCGCAUUUCGCUUCGUCUAAAGCAAAUUGAGGAAGAGCGCGCUAUCCAGCAGCGCGAAUGGGCGGCGGAGAAAAGGGCCCUGGAGCUGGAGAGGAUUGCCGAGAGGAAAGCUCUGGCGCAGGAGAGGAAGUCCCUUCAAGAGAAGUAUAAACUGUUGGGGGAGCAGCUCGUGGAAAGAGAAAAUGCAACCCGGCGUAGCCAAGUCAGUCUGCGGUCGAGUAUGAGACGAGUCAGUGCUUGGGUAGAAAAUCUCGUCGAUGGCAACGAAGUCGAAGGCGCCGUCGGCGGAGCGACUCCUGGCGUUGCACUAACAAGGGAUCACGGUAAUGUUUGUACAGAAACCGAAGGAUUGAAGCCGUCAACCGAUGGACAUAUCGCUAACGUCGUUCAUCAGCCAGAUUCGGAGAAAUCCGUGCAUCAGUCGUCGAAUCAACAAUGCGUUCCUACGCAGGUGGGCGUUAAUCUUCCCACAGAUCCACUGUUUCAGGGUGGAAAUCAGCAGCAAACCAAAGGCGCAUUUCCUAAGACAGCCCCAAAAAGCCGUGAUCCCAUCGGCGAUGGUAACGUAUGGACAACUGCAGGUAACUUUAUUUCUUUUGCACCCCCCGUACUGCCACCAGGUAAGCCACCCAUUGCUUUUAAGUCAAACGAGAAAGUUUCCCCUCGAACAAGCGAUGAAGCAUAUAAAGAUUUGCUAGCUAAAUUCGCGUCUAUGAGUGUACCUCCUGUUGGUCAGAGCGCACUACCAGUUUUGGCAACAGAGCCCGUUGAAAACGGCCUGGCCAACCCUACCGUUCCACUCCCCCCAAUCAUGGGAGGGAACGAAAUUAAUUUCGCUCACAGAGCCAAUACAGAUCCUCAUGUUACUAACAUGCAGUCAAAUGCGCCCGUUCAGUCAAUAACACGUAACGUACCCGAGCAAGCCCCUUCCCCCUCGCAGUUAGCCGCGCGUCAAGUAAUGCCUCGCGACCUACCCGUGUUUUCUGGUGAUCCCGCGGAUUGGCCUAUCUUCGUUAGUGCAUUCGAAAAUACAACCGUCGCGUGUGGAUAUUCUAAAGUGGAGAAUCUUGCAAGAUUACAACGGUGCUUGAAAGGGGCGGCGUACGAAUCCGUCCGAAGUCGUCUCUUACUACCGGAUUCAGUGCCACAAGUGAUUAAUACGCUGCGAUUUCUCUUCGGCCGACCGGAAUUGCUGAUAAACGUGCUUCUAAAUAAACUACGGGCAACUCCUGCGCCGAAGGCCGAGAAACUGGAGACGCUCAUCGAGUUUGGGAUGGCUGUGCAGAGUCUAUGUGAUCACCUCGUAGCAGCAGGACAACAGGCUCACCUGACGAAUCCUUACCUGCUGAUGGAGUUGGUUGAGAAGUUACCCGCUCACGUGAAGAUGGAGUGGGCGAGCUACAUGCAGAGAUAUCCCGAGGCAAACUUAAAGACAUUUGGCAACUUUAUGGAAGGCGUCAUGAUUUCGGCGAGUAAGGUUACACUUUACAUGGGUGGUUGCAGCGAAACCUCAAAGACGAAAGGCAAGGCGUCGAUCAACACUCACGUCAGUGAACACGAGCUGGCGAAAGAAGGCGAAUGGGUUUGCUACGUCUGCAAAGGUCGUGGACAUCGCGUUCGGGAGUGUGAUAAUUUCAAGGCGCUAUCCGUCGAUAAUCGUUGGAAAACGGUACAAUUCCACGAACUAUGUAGAAGUUGUCUCUGUGCACACGGCAAAAGAAGCUGUCGAAACGCUAGUCAGUGUGGUAUCAACGGAUGUACCUUUCGUCACCACCCCCUUCUUCAUUCAAACAGAAGUAACCCAGCGUCACGAGGAAUCGAGGUGCAGAAUGCAGAAUCGGCGGGUAAUCACACACAUCGUUUGCUGAAUCAGUCGCUACUGUUCCGCAUCAUACCUGUAACGCUUUAUGGACCGCAAAAGGCAGUGCAAACGUUUGCCUUCCUCGACGAUGGAUCGCAUCUGACACUGGUUGAUGAAGAUCUUACAAGAGAACUUGGUGUGGAAGGUAGGAAAGUUCCAUUGUGCAUUACAUGGACAGGAAACGUCUCCCGGACGGAAAGAAAUUCACAACAAGUGCGGUUGGUUAUCUCCGGCAUGGAUAAGGAAAAGCGACUAAAUCUCGACGAUGUGCGUACCGUGAAAAGCCUCGCUCUGCCGGGCCAGACACUUCGCUUGGACGACCUCAUAGACAAGUUUCCACAUCUAAAAGGAUUGCAAAUUUCCGGAUACGAGAACGCUGUCCCACGUCUUCUCAUAGGUGUAAACAACUUACAUUUGACUGUUCCUUUGAAAGUUAAGGAAGGGAACUUUAAUGAGCCGGUUGCUACAAAGACCCGGCUUGGAUGGUGCAUCUAUGGAGGGAAUGGCAUACCCUCUAAACAUUCGGUCAAUGUUCAUGCGUGUGAAUGCAACAGCGAUCGAGACCUUCACGAUAUGGUAAAGGACUACUUUGCGCUGGAAGACGUUGGUACAAAAUCUACGAGUGGAUCAGUCUCGGCUGAAGACAGAAGAGCACAGGAAAUUCUAGAACAAACUACCGUGCGAGUCAGCGAUAGGUUUGAGACCGGAUUAUUGUGGAGGUAUGACGAUAUUGAAUUCCCUGACAGCUACGGAGCUGCAGUACGUAGACUGGAGUGCCUGGAGCGACGCAUGAAGAAAUCGCCCCUUCUGAAAGAUGAGCUGAACCGACAAAUCGAGGAAUACCAGAUGAAGGGCUACGCACAUCGAGCCAACGAGAAGGAGAUGCGAGCAGCGGACAUGAAGCGUGUCUGGUAUCUUCCUAUAGGAGCCGUAAUUCAUCCGAAGAAGCCUGAAAAGGUACGUCUUAUUUGGGACGCGGCUGCUAUGGUUAAUGGAAUAUCUCUCAAUUCCUUUCUGCUAAAAGGUCCGGAUCAAUUAACGUCGUUGUUAGCAGUUCUGGUUCGCUUCCGACAGUAUACCGUAGCGGUCUCAGCAGAUAUCAGAGAAAUGUUCCACCAGAUAAAAAUCCGCGAAGUCGACCGUCAGUCACAGCGCUUCUUGUGGCGUACCGAUCCAUCGAAAAGUCCGGACAUUUUCAUUAUGGACGUCGCAACAUUCGGGUCAACAUGUUCACCGGCAUCGGCGCAAUAUGUGAAGAAUAGGAAUGCUGCGGAUCACACCGAAGAAUUUCCCAGGGCUGCAGAGGAGAUCAUUCAUAACCAUUACGUGGAUGACUACUUGUCAAGUUUUGAAACGGAAGCAGAUGCAGCGGAAAUUGCAGAGCAAGUAAAGUUUAUCCAUACGCAAGGUGGUUUCGAACUUAGAAAUUGGCAGUCUAACAGCGUCGCAGUAUUGCAGCGGGUAGGAGAAUCGAGGGAUAGCCACCAGAAGCGCCUGUUCAUGGACAAAAGCAACCAGUCUGAGCGCGUGCUCGGUAUGCUUUGGUUAGUGGGUGGUGAUAAGCUGAGCUUUUGUACACAGCAAAGAGAUGAAGUGCUGGAAGCUAUUGAGGGAAAUGCCGUUCCCACCAAAAGGCAAGUUCUGCGUUGUCUGAUGAGUUUUUUCGAUCCGUUGGGCUUGCUGAGUUUUGUAUUCGUCCAUGGCAAGAUUCUGCUACAAGACAUAUGGCGUGCUGGAGUUCAGUGGGAUCAAGUAAUCACCGAAGAACAGUGGGAACGCUGGCAACUGUGGACGGUGGUUCUACGGCAGAUAUCCACCAUACAAAUUCCACGAUGUUAUUUCAAAAACGCAACUUCACAGCACUACAGACAUCUACAGCUACAUGUCUUCGUGGAUGCAAGCGAAGGAGCCUACGCCGCAGUAGCGUACUUCCGGAUUAUCGACCCGAAUGGAUCACCAAGAUGCGCUUUGGUAGCGGCGAAAACCAAGGUGGCGCCUCUAAAACCACUAUCUAUACCUCGUCUCGAGCUUCAAGCGGCGGUUCUCGGAGUCCGCCUAUUGCACUUCGUUUCGCAAUCUCAUACCGUAACUAUAAAACAACGAUACUUAUGGUCGGACUCAACAACUGUGUUGGCGUGGCUGAAAGCAGACCCACGCAAAUAUAAACAGUUUGUGGCUUGCAGAAUCGGUGAAAUUCUGAUGGAGACAGAACUCAACGAGUGGCGGUGGAUACCAUCAAAGUCGAACCCAGCUGAUUUGGCCACGAAAUGGGGAAAUGGCCCUACUUUGGACGUUGAUGGAACAUGGUUCUCCGGACCACCUUUCCUGCUGCAACCGGAAGCAGAGUGGCCUACGCAGGUCGUACAUCAACAAAAUGUGGAAGAAGAACUGCGUACUUGUAACUUGCACGUGAAGCCAGCAACAAUUGCAGUAAUCGACUGCGAUCGCUUUUCAAGAUGGGAAAGACUACACAGAACUACAGCUUACGUACAUCGAUAUGUCGCAAAUCUUAAACGAAAGUGCUACGGCAAGACGAGGAUCAGCGACCACCUUACGCAGGAGGAACUACGUCAGGCGGAAGCAACGUUGAUAGGGAUGGCACAAUGGCAAGAGUAUCCGGAAGAGAUGUCGGUCCUUACACGGGAUCAUAAGCGUCCGUUAGCCGAGCAAACAGGUUUGGAGAAACACAGUCCGUUGUAUCGUUCUACGCCGUACAUCGACGAGCUUGGCGUUUUACGGGUAGAUGGAAGGAUAGGAGCGGCCGAUCACGUCGAUGUAAAUAUGAAGUUUCCGGCUAUUUUGCCAAGAAAUCAUAGAGUUACGAUCCUUAUCAUAGAUGCGUUCCACAGAAAGUUCAACCAUGCUAACUCGGAAACAAUUGUAAAUGAAAUUCGGCAGUUAUAUUACGUACCUCGACUUAGAGCGAUAGUUAAGAAGAUCAGCAGCGAAUGCAUGAUUUGCAAGUUGCGCAAAGCAGUUCCUCAGAUCCCACGGAUGGCCUCUCUGCCUCCGGCUCGCCUAGCUGCAUUCGCUAGACCCUUUACCUACGUUGGAUUGGACCUUUUCGGGCCGUUGGUGGUUAAAGUGGGUCGAGGUAACGCAAAACGGUGGAUCGCACUCUUCACUUGUUUAACGAUUCGAGCCGUGCACUGUGAAGUAGUUUAUAGUCUAUCCACGGAAGCCUGCGUAAAGUGUGUUCGCCGUUUCGUCAGCCGUCGGGGUGCCCCAGCAGAAAUCCACUCAGACAACGGUACAAAUUUUCGCGGUGCUGACCGGAUUUUGAUGGAGCAGAUCCAGCAGGGAGUGGCAGCGACCAUAACAAAUACGGCUACCAAGUGGUUCUUCAUCCCGCCUUCAUCGCCCCACAUGGGUGGAGCGUGGGAACGCAUGGUGCGUUCAAUCAAACAAGCAAUGCUAGGUGCGUACAACUCCAAUCAAAAACUGGAUGAUGAAUCUCUUUUGACGUUCGUUACGGAGGCUGAGAGCAUCGUCAAUAGCCGGCCACUUACAUACCUUCCUCUGGACGCGGAGCAAAGUGAGGCUUUAACACCAAACCAUUUCCUGUUAGGAAGUUCAAGUGGUGUUCGUCAACCGAUCGUUGAGCCAACUGAUAGCUCGGCGGCCAUCAAAAAUACUUGGAAUCUGAUCAAUCAUCAACUAGAUUGCCUUUGGAAACGAUGGAUCCGUGAAGUUUUGCCGACCCUAACUAGGAGGACCAAGUGGUUUGGCGAAGUAAGGAUGAUAUCCAAUGGGGACUUGGUGCUGAUUAUAGACGAAAAUAACCGGAACAACUGGACCAGGGGGCGCGUAACACAGGUCAUAACCGGAAGUGACGGACGAGUCCGGCAAGCUAUUGUAAAAACUGCGGGGGGCUUGCUGCGCAGAUCUGUCGCGAAGCUAGCUGUCUUGGACAUUGUGGCUCAGGGUAAAACUGGAACCGGUGGCCAGUGUUACGGGGGGGAGGAUGUUACCGCUGGCCACACUGCUGCUGGCCAAACAUCUGAAGUGUCGCCGUUGCUUAAUGACGGCGGGGAGAUGUCAAAUGCUGGUGAAGUCGAGGACAAUAGAAAAUCUACAUGCGGAGAACAUCAGCAGGAGCAAGUUCUGUGA